AUGAGCUGGCGUUUAAGGGAUUCACCCGCGUUAUUGUAUUUUGAUUUCGAAGGAGUGACUUUGCGAGCGUCCAGCAAGGCCACCGAGGUCGGGGAGAUCCAUCGUUUUGGAUUUGAUCGUGUGCCAGAAUCUGCCGUUAUUUUGAUUGACACUUGGGUCGCUUCCUUGAUUGCCGUUCAAGGUUUACUGAGUCCUCCGGUUGAUGACUGA